GGCAUUGUGUACUAUUUUGUAAAAUGGGAGGGUUGGCCUCCAAUAUUUAAUACUUGGGAACCGGAAUCUAAUCUAAACGGGUGUAAAGAAGCUAUUCGAAACUUCAUGGACGCAUGUGGUGCUGAAGUUGGAAUGCUUCCGUCCGAGACACAAACGAGCAAACGAGCACAAAUUACGGAAGUUAUGGACCGUCUGAUGGAAGCAGUACCUUGCUCAACUCUGUCCGCGCUGGACUUACUGAUGAAGUUCACCGAUUUACUGCAGCAAUCCACCGACUCGCCUCGGCCAUACAAACCACCUGGCCUAUUCAGGUUGGAGACGCAAAUUUCUUACGAUCCGACUGGGACAACCCUUUGUGCCGUCCCGUUAAAACGGAGUGCGAGUGAAUCUGAUUUCACAUCUGUAUCCUGCAAGCGGAUUCGUCUAUCACAAAAGGAUAAGCAAACGCUGACUUCAGCGCUCCAAGUCUUUCAACAGAAGUUGAACUCAGUCUAUCCUGACGAAGCUCCAAUAACCGUGGAGAAUAAUGUUGAUACUGAGUGCCCGCCAGUUGACUUCCAACCCAUACCCGAUUAUCGUCCCGGUCCUGGUGUAUUCCUUCCUACGAAAUCUCCUGUCGGCUGUGAAUGCACAAUUCCAGCGUCUGAAUCUUGUAGCAAUCUUCCUUCCUAUGGCACUGCCACUAGCGGACCACUUGAACCAUGUUGGGAAAACAGACGAAAGGGUUGCUGCGCCGCGCGGGCGGGUGCCUGUGUGCCCUACAACCGUCAAAAGCGGCUCGUUGCCCCUACGGGACACCCGGUGUAUGAAUGCAAUUCCACGUGCCCCUGCGGUCCGUCAUGUCCGUUCCGCGUAGUACAACUAGGUCGCAAAGUUCCUCUGUGUGUUUUCCGCACUCGAGAUCGUGGCUGGGGUGUGAAGACAAAGGCUCCGAUUGCAACCGGCACAUUUGUGGCUGAAUAUUUGGGCGAGAUUUUAACCUUUGAAGAGGCUGAGCAACGCGGCGUAAUCUACGACAAACAAACGAUGACCUAUCUAUUUGAUUUGGACUUUGAGGGUGACGCCCAUUAUACGGUGGAUGCCUCGCAAAUGGGGAACAUUUCUCACUUCUUCAAUCAUUCGUGUGAUCCGAACUUGACAGUACGAUGUGUAUUUGUCGAGUGCCUGAAUACGAAGCUACCUCGGAUCGCGUUGUUCGCAGCCCGUUUUAUCAAGAAAGAUGAGGAACUGACGUUCGACUACAACAUGACAGGAGCGAUACAAAGUGAGGAAGGUCUGAACGCUGAGCCGGGUUCUACAGAGCCGCUCGAAAGCACGGAUAGUCUUGCCAACGGAACAGAGAAGAAAAGUUCACCACCCUCCACGAUCUCUGUUGAGCUUACUGCAGACACCGCGAGCGAGGUUAGUAUUUUUAUGGGUUAUGCUUUCCAUUCCGUGUCAUUUAUCGGUGCUCCGCUUACAUUCUUUUAUUCGCUUGUUCUCUCGGCACAAUUGCUUGGGCGACCUGGCAGUAUCCCAGCCUUCGUGCUUCCUUCAGGUAGCAUGGCAGCUAGGCGCCGGAAGGGUGUUACAGAUGAACGAUUUUUUUUAUAG